UGCAAACUUUUGCGAGUUAAAGUGGUCACUGUGUGUUGGUGUGAGAAGAAGAAGCUGGGAACUCUACUGUUUUUUAUUUCGCCGUGAGAGGGGAAAAGAAGAUAAAGAGAUUCGUGAAGGGAGGAAGAGGAAGAGGAAGAAAGAAGAUGGAGUGCGUAUUUGGCUUGGUGGGUAACGGGUUCGCGAUCGUGGUGGCGGACACGUCGGCGGUUCACAGCAUCCUUGUACACAAGUCCAACGAAGACAAGAUCAUGGUCCUCGACUCCCACAAACUCAUCGCCGCCAGCGGUGAGCCGGGUGACAGGGUUCAGUUCACCGAGUACAUACAGAAGAACGUGGCUCUCUACCAGUUCCGUAAUGGGAUCCCUUUGACCACUGCCGCCGCUGCCAAUUUCACCCGUGGCGAGUUAGCCAUCGCUCUUCGCAAGUCGUACUUUUCGUUGUCAAUGAUGGACAGACACUACCACAGUGGAAUGUCAGUGGAAGAAGCAAUUGAUCUGGUAGAUAAAUGCAUUAUGGAAAUCAGGUCGAGGUUGGUUGUGGCACCACCAAACUUUGUUAUCAAAAUUGUUGACAAGGAUGGAGCUAGACAGUAUGCAUGGCGUGAAUCAGUGAAGGAUGCUCCAGUUCCCUCAGCUUGAGUUACUAUUAUUUCGUUCUCUUUGUUGGACCUAUUCCCAUUUACUCUAGUUUAUUUUCUCUAUACUCUUCUUCUUGUCGUUUUAUCUGAACCUGAAUGUUCAUUUAGAUAAUUUUCAAACUCUUGGCCUCUGAAUUCUUAAAGGGGACAAAUUGUCUUUUGAAUUA